AGUGGUUGGAAACUUGAUGGGGGUGACCGUCAUCCGUCAAAUGCACACAGUCUCGUUUGAACUGUGAUCAAGAAGUUUUUGUUCAUAAUCAUGAUUAGCUACAUUAUUUUCCUACAUAGGUAAUAUCAGAUUUUAUUGUUGUUGUUGACAUAUUUCAAUUUUGUCAAGAAUAAUAUUAAUGCAAGAAAUAACACUGCUAGGAAGACAUGGCUGCCACUUCAGGAAAAGGAUCUGAAGCUGGAAGUGGCAAAAGUCAGGCUAUGAAGCUCAUCUUUCAUCAAAAAUCAUACAAAUCUGAUAAUCAAGAGCUCCUCUUGAACCCGCAAGAGUCUGGUUUUGGCCCUGGUGACAUUUUGGAGAUUUACCACAAAAAGACCAACAAUGCAGACUCAAGGCCUCUUCCUGCCUACCCUCGUCUGCUGUUGCAAGUACCGCGCACUCCAAGUACAGAAGAAAACAUUGCUAAAGGAACGAUCAGCGUGGAGCAGAGCAUCUCUGCCCAGUUCCGUCUACAGCGGUUCGAGAUGGUGCAGGUCACCAAGAUUGAACCUGAGAAGGUGGCGCUGCAGCUGCUCGAAGUUACUUUCAAGGACCAAUACCUCAACAGAUCUGACAUGUGGCGUCUUACACAGCAUCUUGAAGGCUGUGUUGUGUACAAGAACAAGAUAGUUGAGUUCUGCGGCCAAACAAUCCGCUGUCAGGUGUACGAGAUGUGGUCGCAGGGCAGUCGUGUUGCAUGCGGCUAUGUAUCUGCUGACACUAAAGUAGUUUAUCGGUCGAGCACAAGCCGCUUCUACCUCUUCAUUCAGAUGAGCUCAGAAAUGUGGGAGUUUGACCACUUCGGAGACUUGUUAUUUGAGAAGGCGGUCAGUGGCUUCCUUACGGAACUCUUCGACAAGUGGAAGAAAAUGAACACAAACCACGACGUGACGAUCGUGCUGUUUUCCCGCAGCUUCUACCCCACAGCGAAGAGCCUGGACGAGUUCCCAGGUGACAUGCGCUCCUGCAUACAGCGAGACCAUCUCGGCCGAUACUUCCAGGACUUCUACAGAGUGGCGGUGCAGAAUGAGCGCCACGAAGACUGGUCGUGCGUGCUACGCACUCUUCGUCAGCUGUUCUACCACUACCCCAGCGCCGUGCUCGGCAGACAGACCAUACAUGGCGAGACCUUGUUGGACGUACGAGACACACACCUCCAGAGAUCUGCCUCUAAAGCCCCUAACAAAACAACUGACGUUGACCACGAUGAUCACUCGAGAAGAACAUUACACCGGAGUCCUAACUCAACUAAACAAUUUUCAGAGAAAUGUAAGAACCUGAAGCCUCCUCGGGCGGAACUGUCAACAGCAGAUGAAGGGAACUUCCUCGAGGUGCUGAACAUGUCACUGAACGUGUUCGAGAAGCAUUAUACUGAUCGCUCCAUGGAGCGCACGGGGCAGAUGAGUGUUGUGGUCACGCCGGGGGUGGGCGUGUUCCAAGUGGACCGAGCCCUCGCUAACAUCACCAAGCAGCGCAUCAUCGACAAUGGCGUGGGCUCUGAUCUCGUGUGUCUGGGGGAGCAGCCGCUGCAUGCCGUGCCCCUGCUCAAGUUCCAGAGGCGCCAGGGAGGUGGCAACGACUACAGCAUGCCACACAACUGGAUCAACUUGAGCUUCUAUUCAUCCAUCAAGCGCAGCCGCCGUGCCGCCAUGGGAGAUUUGUACGUGCCACGCAUCCACGUCCCCGAACACUGCAUCCCGUCCUUCUACCCUAACGCGCACUCGCGCAACUCCAGGCAUCCCUUCGGCGAGCGGCGUCCUACAUCGUCUCGUCACCACGUCUCGAACUUGCUGGAGCCGCUGCAGCCUGCACCUUCCAUCAGCCUCAGCUGCCCUGCCAGCAUCAUCUUGGACCACGCGCGUGGUGCUGAGCUGCUCAAACUAAAGUGGGGGCUCUCACACAUGUCCCAGAGCAAACAAUCUAGUAGUACAAAGCCUGUAAAACCAAGGGGAACAACUUGUAAACAGUUCCCUAAUUGUAGCGAUACAGAGACUGCAAAAGCUACUGGUGUAAACAGUAAAGAAUCCGAUUACAGUUUUAAAAAACCUGCAUCAAGCAAUGGAAAAGAUGCCGAGCCUGGCAAGUCAAGUUCAUACAAAGGAUUCGAGGCGGUCAGUAGGAAAUCAAGCAGUGGCCAGGAUACCACAGCUGGCCGGGCUGGUAGGACGGACGCUGAAGGCCGGUCCAGUAGGGCGGACGCUGAAGGCCGGUCUAGUGGGACGGACGCUGAAGGUCGGUCUAGUAGGACGGACGCUGAAGGCCGGUCCUGUAGGACGGACGCUGAAGGAUUCAGCCAUCAUCCCGCAUCAAAUGCAGACUUCCGCUCUGACAUGACCACGGCUGAGCUGGAGGCGCACAUGAAUGCGUAUGAUGAAGCUAUUUUCAAAUAUCCUGUCAAGCCUUAUGGGACAGGGACGAGUGACACCGAGGGGGGCGGUGUGACUGCAACGCCCCCCACUGCGACCAGCUACCGCGUGCACUACACCAGGCAGUCGUCGCAGUCAUACGGCGCCCUUAACCUUGAAUUAGGCGACGCUGCGGCCGCUGCCGUCGCCGCGUCAGAAGAGGACCUCGAGGCUCCACCAGCCUAUGAUGCAAUUCGUGGAGGAGCGCCACCGCUGAUCAACCCCUUCGACCCCAAGUACACGACCAUCAGACUCACGAGCUACCGCCGCCGUUGGGUGCACAUCUUCCCCAAAAACGUCUCGGGCGCUCUGAUCCAGCAGCACCACAAGGAGGAUGUCGCCCUCAAGAAAGAUCUGACGACUUACCCGUCGAGCUCCGAAGACGAGCUCGAGACUGACGUCCUGGGCAACCUGCAGGAGGAAGAGUCGCCCGUGGGGGCGCCUGUGAACACCCACGACAACCUCGAGAUGGGCAGGAACAACGCCCCUGCUGCAGGCAAUGAUGCCACCGGCAGCACGUCUUCAUCGCGACCACCUUCCAUGCUAGGCAUCCAUAAACACCGCGCGUCGCUGGGGCACCUGGGGCCCACAGCCCACGACACGCUGCUGUGGGGCGCCACCGGCGAGCAGGAGUGGAGCGCCGCCAUCACCACGGGCGUUGACUGGAAGAGCCUGACGCUGCCCGCGUGUCUGCCCAUCACGACGGACUUCUUCCCGUCCGAGGAGAGCAUCGAGAAGGACUACGUGCUGAGCAACUACGCGCUCCUGCCUGAUGACAUCAACGAGCCUCUCAACGCCCCUCACAACGUGUCAGCGAGCAGCUCCAGCUCGCAGGCGCUGCCCGCCACCUUCGGGCGCUCGCACAUGACGGCGGCGCAGGUCUUCAAAGAGCUCGUCUCGCAGCGCCUCUCUCAGGGCUUCCAGCUGAUCCUCCCCAAGGACGACGUGGCUCGCAGUGGCCACGGCCUCAGGAGGCGGCGCAAGAAGAGAAGUCUCACCGCCUCUCAGGAGUGGCAGAGCACAUCUUCCCAGGGCGGUGGUCGUGGCACGACUGGGGGCGGCAGCGCAGCGUUCAGGUACGCAGGGUCGCCUGGUCUGCCUGCGCUGGAAAUGAAGCCUCACGUGGGCAGCAGGAGCGCCGACCAUCAUCCCGAGUACAAGCUCUCCAUCGGCACCCUCUUCCACAAACUCAAACUCGUUGGGAAUAACCGCAUUGAAGCCAGCGUAUACAGACCAAGGAUUAUGUCUGAGACUUUGACGAAAGACUACAAAUACCGGUUCUGCGCACCCUACAUGACGGGCUACGAGCUGUCGUCAACGAAGUUCCAGACAGAGCGACUUGACCGCUACAAGUGGAAUUACCUCGAUAAUUACGUCAGCCUUUAUUCGGACUCCUUCGAAAAUCCUCUAAUUGAGGAACUGAAGUACUGGCGGAUGCGCAUGGUGGUCGUGCCUGACUUGUACUGCUCCAUAUUGCGUCAACUUAUGGAUGACUGGAAAAAUUUUCCCGACGCUGGAAUUUAUUCCCCUCCCUCUUCACUACAACGAAGUGCAAUCAACGAAUCCUUCAUCAAGUUCUUUGAAAUGAUCCACAGGAUCAAACGGCAAGUUGUGAAGAGACCCAAAAUGCCAGCACAAGGCGUUUUCCCAAAUCUUGAUUCUGGCAGCAUGCCAGGUAACCCCGGCAGUAGUGGUGUACGUGAACGUUCAAUGAGCGCUCGUGAGGGCCCUGUGCAGCAGAGUAACGCCUCCCUCGUCAGGGAGAGAAUGUUGAGCGGCAGCAGCGGCCCUGAUGUCUCAACCAAGCAGCUCAAUAUUCCUGACUUGAACGGUGACAUUAGAGCCAGAGAAGCGCUCUUCCCGUCAGAAGGAAUGGUGAGCAGCAUCGCUCAGUCAACCGUGUCGUCUUCUCAGAGUCCCAAUAUUACCGCCGCCCUGGUUGAAGGGAAACGAAGUCUUUCGUCCGAUUCUGACCUCGCUGACAUUGCCGCUGCCAUGAAGUCCACCGGUACUGGUCUCAAUUUUUUCUCGCCUCCGCACUCUAGUUUGCCUCCUUUAUCUUUCCUUUCAACCGAUGCUGUUGUAUGGUUGAGAGAACACGUAAGUAACGUAAACACCCACACUGACGCCAUGAAUCUACUUCAGCGUUUAUGCUCGGACGACUACAUACGGCACGCUUCUGGACACCAGCGCACCACCGUAUAUUACGGCUUCUACAUCUACUUCCUGGUCACCGGCGACAAGGAACAAGACCGCACCAGCAAUCCUGACACUUACUGCCAGGAGUUCCAUGAAGUCGAAAUAAAACCUGUUGAAGCAUACGGUAAUUAUCCUUAUGCUCAAGACUCUCCUUCCGUCGUCGACGACAGCGCCGCUCUACCACCAUUCCUGCAGAGGGACUUACCGCCCCUCGCUCAGCCAUUCAGAACAUCGGCUGGCCGCCUGGUGAGUCUGGGGCCCAUCAGUAUCGACCCUCAUCGUCGCAGCGACAGAAGUGAAUGGGGUGACCUGGUGUGUACGUCGUCCUUCUCUUGCGACUCUGCUUACCUCUUCAGCCUGCGCUGGAUGUGCGCAAGUGGCCCUCUGGUCGCUGAGCUGAUUGCACUGUGGCAACGACGCGCUGCGAGCUGCAACCUCUUCCUGUUCCCCAUCCCGUCAGAUCCCUUCGCUCUGCCGCACUCCCUGGACUGCGACCCGCUCAGAGGGCCCCUGCACCUGCCCCUCGUCAUGUCCUGUAACCCGCCCUGCACUGCGUCUCGGGGCUUGGGUUCACCUUCGUCAGCAACUGACGAAAAAGGCAGCUCCUCGCACAUCAAGAACAAGCUCAGGCCGGCACUGAGGCUCUGUCCCAAGCACGACGUGUUCGCCAAGUUCCCAAGCAACACGAGACCGCUCAGGACACGACUCUUGCAGGAAGCCAUCCUAGCAAAGUACGGUUUUGUUCGCCUACAAAACGACCUGAUGGCGAGCACCAGCAGCGUCCCUAGCAACGACCACAACCAGUUCGUGCACGUGAGCGGCAACGCGUUCGUUAUGGUCCUCACGCCCGGUAUUGUGGAUAUCCAGCCAGACAGCCACGCCAGUGUUACAGUGGUGUCAGGAGCGGCCGACAGCGGCACUGAAGACAGCGCUCCCGUUGCGCCUUCUUUUACCCCUGCGAGGUUCACAGAUCCCCCACUGCCCCGACCUUCCUCACUUCUUAUUGAGGUGAUGGGCGUGGAGAGCAGCAGCAGCGUGGGCAGCCUAGUGGCCAGCCCUCACGAGGAGUACUUCCACCGCCUCAUGUCGGAGCACCACAAGGCCAGCGCCGCGCCCUCCGCUGCCCACGCUGCUGCCUGCAACUCUGACAAGUCUCGCUUCUGUCUGCAGCAAUCUCCCGGCUUCCUGUGGUCAUUCAACUACAUGAUGUCUAAGCGCUGGAAGGCAGCCGCCUCUGGGGAAGAAGCGUUCGGCGAGCUGUUACUGCAUGACUUCAAGAACUUCUGUGCCAAUAAGAAUGACAGACUUAGUAAAUUCAUCGAGAGCUUUAACGUUAAAGAAGAAUCUUGCGCAUCUGUUUGUGAUGACGUUUUCUCUGCGUCAUAAGUUGGUUUUAGGCUUCGAUAGAAUUUAUUAGCAGUGAAUAUUAUCUUUGCUCAAUAUGUAGACUGAGGCCAUCAUGUCCCAGAUUGCUUCCAUUGAUCUUGUUUUCGUCUCCAUUCCCGUUUUCAAACUUCUGUAUCGAGAGCUUGAUAUUUAUUCCUUAUGUAUGUUCAUGGCGCAUUGAUCACCUUUAAUAAAAAUAUCCUGACAGAGUUCAUGCUUAUAGACCUAUAUUAAUUGAGAUUUCUCAUAUUGACAGGAAGUGGCUUCAAGAAACUUCGUUAACAUUUCCAGAUUUUCUGAUGAAGGCUCGUGUAAUCAUUCCUAAUAAUAAUUAUUAUAAUACUUCAUACAGUCGUUUAUAAAGCCGUUGAUGCUCAGCAAACAAGACACAUGACACCCGAAUGUUGUGCCUCGUUUAGUUAUCACGUCGAUGCUGUAGGUUUGAAGUUCAGUGCAGUCAGGCCGCCAGAAUAUUUGGCUCGUUGGUUUAUUUUUUUUUUAAUUUCAAUUACUGAUUUAUUAGAGCUUUUAAUGGUUAAUUUUUUCAUAUCAUCUUUAUUUUCCAUGCUCGUGAACUCAUUAUUUAACCAAACAAGAAUUAAAGUAGAAUGCAUAAUUUAAUUCCAUUUUUUGUAUGUGUUAUGUUAGGAAUUCACUCAAGUGUGAUACUACUCAUAUCACGGUCUUAUCCACACUCGUCAUCUAUUCACGUGGUGUCCUUUAGUUUACGGAAAAGCUGUAAUUCUAAGACGGUGCUUAGACAUUCGCAUACUUGAAUAGUGUGUGGGAAAAUGCUUGCUUCUGUUCAUAAAUUCCUGCAACAAUAUAUAUUUGUUAUGAAAUAUACAUGUAUAUGUUUAA